GUGACCCGGAUGUACUCUGUUAGUGUUGUUGACGAGACGCUGAAAGCAGGUUCUCCCUUUCCAGCUGAUCGACCCAUUUGAUCAGCUCCUGGUGGAACAUCGUCAUGACCUGACGAAUUGUCCCUUUCCUAUUUAAUCAUGAAUGACAAGCUGGUUUUUCUGGGCCUUCUGUACUUUGUGCAGGGGAUCCCCUAUGGUCUCCAGUCCUUGUUGCUCCCUGUCUACCUCCGUGGGGCGGGCCACUCCCUCACCCACAUCGGCUUGACCAAAAUCCUCUACUUCCCCUGGGUGCUCAAGGUCCUCUGGGCACCCCUGGUGGACCGUGUGGGCACCAAGCGGCGCUGGCUGGUGGCCACGGUCUCUGGCCUGGCGCUUACUUGUCUCUCCAGUGCCGCUCUGGCCCCGGAGGCCCACAUCUGGGGAGUGGUGGGGACUCUGCUGGCCAUGAACGCCCUGGCAUCGAUUCAGGACAUCACAGUGGACGGGGCCGCUGUGGGACUGCUGAAGGGCCGUAGCGAGCUGGGCCUGGGCAACGUGGCUCAGGUGGUGGGCUACAAGGCCGGCUCGGUGUUCGCCGGGGGCGGGCUCCUGGCUGUGAUUGACGUGGCCGGGUGGGGCCCUAUGUUUAUGCUGUUGGCCUUUGUGUACUUCGGGGUAGCACUGUUUGUGUUGGGGGCCCCCGUGCUGGACAAUGAGCUGUUGAGGGGCCAGGCAGAGGGGAGGAAGGGGGUCCAGUCGGACGCUGUGCAUCCCUGGAGGGUGUGGCGGAAGCUGCUGUCAGUACCUGGGACGCCCUGGACCAUGAUCUACGUUCUCACAUACAAACUGGGUGAGCAGGGUGCGGUGACCAUGUUCCCUCUCUUCCUUUUGGACCAUCACAUGACAGCCCGGGAGCUGGGGUUCUGGAACGGCAUGAUCGCCAUGUGCUUCUCAAUCUGUGGCUCCUCCCUCGGUGGCCUGCUGCUCUCCCAGUUCAGUAUUGGCUCUCUGAUGAGGCGUGUGUUUGUGAUGCGGACUGUCAGUAUGGUGUUCCAGAGCUCCCUCCUGACCGUGCUGGAACCUUCCCCGCUCAUGAAAGGUAUGGCCGUGUUGAGUUUGAGCAUUCAGCACUUCCUGGGAGGCCUCAUCACAACGCUCACUUUCACAACCAUGAUGCACUGCACACAGAGAGCGGAGGAGAGUGUACAGGCCACCCACUACAGUUUCCUGUCCACUCUGGAGGUACUGGGGAAGCUGAUGUUCGGUGCCCUGGCAGGGGGCCUGGUGGACUGGGUGGGUUUCCCCACUGCCUUCCUCCUUUUCCUGGUCCUCUCUGCCGGAACAGCCCUCCACAUCUGGAAGGCCACAGACACAGGGGCCCUCAGGGAACAGCCCAAGUGAUCAGCCUUUUGUUCUAGCCCUUACUAACAUAUCAGAUCAAGCUACUCAAAGGGUUGAUAAUCAGUUGACUCGUUGAACAAGCUGUGUGAGUGUAGGGUUGGAACAAAAACCUCCACACCCUAUAGGUGUCCAGGACUAGGGAUGGUGAUCACUGAGAUUGAGGAGGAGGAGGAAGUAGUGUGUUGCAUGAGUGCGAAGCAAAUUCUGUCGUACGUCGGCGUCCUAGAAAAACUCUGUCUCACUUUUUUUAAACAUAAAUUGAAAGUUUCACAGAACAUUCCACUCCAUGUUCUGUGAAAGAUUAAUGAAUACUAAUACUAAUUAAUGAAUACUUACUAAUAUAAGUCAUUCGAAGCCAUGUGAAUUCCCAUUAAUAUAUGGCAACAACAAUAUUGUUUCGGAUUCCUGAAAAGUAAACUUUUUUAUCCAAGAUUUUUCCAGGACACUGAUUAGUAGCUAUAUUGAGUUGGGGGAUUGGAUCAGUAGCAUAAGGGAUAGGGAGGACAAUACAUGGGAACACUGUUAAGGGGUUGUUGGAGGACAUACAGUACCAUCUGAGACAUUUUCAUAUUUGCCAAGGCUGCAGUAAAAUGUAGUCCAGCAGUUAUACUUAGUCAUUGAAUAGCCUGCGAUGAAGGUUAUAUAUGUCAUAUCGGUUUCCUUUUUGAACUUGUUCUGUGGUGACGUUUAUGAAUGAAUCCCUACUACCUCUUAUCAACACUGUAAGAUACGCAGAAGAGUCUAGUGAGCAGUUGAAUACAACAUUUGCUAGCUAGUGUGCAAUUUUGAUUAGAGGUAGCUAGCUUGAACCAUUAUUCUGCUAGCCUAGGUUAGUUGUUAGCGCAAUUAGAGAACCAGGUCAGACUUUAUUUAUAUAGUCUGGAUUUUCCAUCUGUAGAUGCUCUACAGAUGGUCAUACUAUCAACAAACUAUCUGUUGAUAAGCAACUGCUUGCUAUGGUUACUGUUAGGUUUAGGGUUAAGGUUAGGGUACGGUCUAAGCUUAGGGUUAUGAUUAAGUUUAGGGUUACAGCUAGGGUUAGUAGAUAGUUAGUUGAAAUGUUACUGAUGGUCUAUAUCUACAGAUGGACUAUCCAAAUAAAGUAUUACAGAGAACAGUACUGUAGCCUUACAUUUUGUAUGGUGGUUAGUUUUACAAGAUUGGCCAAAAAAAUGUGAAAAAAUGAUAUUUAUAUGUAAUUUUACAUAGAUGCUGGUUGUUUUACUACCUGCUGAUAUUGCUUGUUUGAGUUGUUAAAUAAUGUGUAAAGUUCUUAAGAAUAACACACACCUUAUCUAAUCACAGCAGUUGAAGCAAUUUAGAUUGUGGUGCAGUUCAUUUGACUGGUGAGAGGCGUCUACUGGCAAAAGGACUGAAAUAUUCAACCAAUGCCUCACACUGAUUGAAUACCAUCUGUCUUUUGUUUACCGUAUCACACAUUGUGAUGGCUGAAUUACAAUAUAACAGAUAGUCACAGGGAUGACAAUCACCAGAGCAGCCAUGCUAUGAACUGUCAUGAUCAGCAAGGUCACUUUGACCAAUACAGCCAAGUCCACAUUAAUGUAAAGCACCUGUUGCAAAGCACACCCCUGCCUCUGACACAUACUGAGAGAUUGUCACAAAAUAAAGCUGCUACCCAAAUGUCAUAUCCUGUAAUAAUACUCUACCUGAACGUAACUGUUUUUAAUACUGUCACUUUGGCAUCAGUCUAAAAAAGAAUCAUAGUAAGCACCUGUACAUUUGAAAGAUAGAAGCAUAAAGUUAAUAUAUCAUACAAAUUAUAUCCAGCCGACUGAAUAAGAUUUAGGUUUGCCAUUGUUGGGGACAUUACACCAUGCCAAAUCUUGGGACACAAUUAUGUCUUCCUCACACACAUCUAUCAUAUAUCAGGAUCCUCCUUAUAACCAUAGCUCUUUGUGUGUGUGUGUGUGUGUGUGUGUGUGUGUGUGUGUGUGUGUGUGUGUGUGUGUGUGUGUGUGUGUGUGUGUGUGUGUACUCCCCUUGCUCCAUGCAAUACACCCACCACAUUCUAGCUACAGCAUUGAUAUUUCUCAGAAAUCACAGGUGGUAUUGGCAUUUUCAACACACAUUGAUCAGGUUUGGUUCUCUGUCGAGGAUUCAAAACACAGGUGUUUGGAACAAUGGCUACAUGAAUGACCAUUUAAUCAAUAGACCCAUUUAAAUUCUAACGUAAUAUCGAGCGAUGAUGUCGCUACAUGUGCAGUGUUCAGUUUUUCUGCAGUACAGCAUUGUUGAGUAUUACAUUGCCUAAUUUGUCUGUUUCAAGUUAGUUGUAGUCCGUGUAUUUGCUACAGGUGUUAUGUACCAGAUUAGGGAAAACACUCGUCUUCAACUGUACAAUAGGUAACCUGGCAGAAAAUCCAGAUAACCCCUACCAGCCCAAUGUUUUCCCCCUUGCCAGUUAAAAGGGCAUAGCCUAACACACUUCCCAGAUCAUUUCAUAUUUGGUUAUGGAAAAUGAUAGAUACAACAAAGAUAAAUGACACGGAGAUACAUAUUCAUUCGACUCCCUUGAAUGUGAGACAGAGUAUCCUGAUGAAUCACUUCAGUUCAAUCAAUCAUACAAAGGCAGUUAACCCCUUCAAGUCCCUGGCCCCUUGUCUUCUCAGAGUUGUGGAUUUGCUACAGCACUGGCUGAUGGACAGACAUGUAAUCAUGGCAUCGUUAGAGAGGGCUUUUCACAACACCCUGAACACUGUGAUGCGGCCCUCAGCCAACGUGUCACGACAGGUUGUCUAUGAGACACAGAGGGGGUUAUGGGAUGGAGUUGUAGAGGGCAGAGGAAUGAAGGGAUGGGGAGGUGGGGUGCAGAGAGGGGUGGUUUGAAACAUGGGGCGUCUUCUGCUAUGGCCCUAAUGGCUCAAACGAGGCUGUGAGAGAAUAGGGUUGAGGCCAGGGAUGGGGGCGAGAGGGGCCCACAACCCACUGUGAAGUGACUCAAGCACAACACCAUAUGAGCUGGCAGCCUGUCACAUCUCCACCCAUCAGAAAGAACUCUAUAGGACCCUCUCUAUUGGACUUUUCCCUACAGACCAGCUUCUAUCACUUUAUACAGUAGUACUUCACUAUACGAACUAACUCCCAUUACCAAACACAUCACCAUAGACAGCUAAGAUAACUAGCCGUUUGGUUUUACAUAUGCCAUUGACCUAAGAUGACAUAAUCCUCGUGGCCAGGUAGGCUCUAGCAGAUCAGUGGGUGGUGUCUGCUGGUUGCCUGCUACAGGUGUGGAUGGAUAGUCACUCAUCAUGGGCAGGAAUGUGAGGUGUUUUCAAUUAUGGACAGCAGUGAAAAAGAGAAAACGGUUUCCUCUCACUAAUGUCUACAGAUUUAUCAAAACAAACAAAUAUGUAGGUAACUCUUAAAAAGACAUUGACACAGGCAAUCCUCGUUACCUUGAUACCUACUUUUUUUAAAUUAACAAUGUUAAUUUGGACACAGUAAUUGCAGUGUUUCCUCUAAAUAUCUACAGUUGAACUGCAAAAUGACGGCACUACUGCAGUUACAAACGUGAGGAUGCAGUAAUUAUAAGAUGUUAAUUGAUCUUUUGCUUCUGGGCAUGUAACUGUGGGCCCCUUAUUCUGUCCAAUGAGGUAUUUUUCGGAAAAUAUACGUGUCCAUUAAAGGGGAAAUCUGGGAUUCAAACAACAACAAAGCGGUUACCCCUGGAAACAUGUAUCCACUUUCCAAUUCAUAGACAGAGCAAUGGAUGCAAGGACUGACCAUCCGCAGCGGUGGAAUGUUGCGUUUGGCGAGCCGUCAUCGGCCUGCAAUCUCACUCUCAUCCUCUUUGAUUGUAACUGCCAGUGAAAGUUAUUUCACUUGAUCUCUUAUUCAGUCUUGUUACUCAGAGCAAUAGAUCUUCUCACAACAACCCCGCUGAGAACUGAUCACUGGUCAUUUUGUCUUCAGUAAUGAUUCUUAUAACACUCAAAUGGCAUAUUCUUUCAUCUAUUUGAUAGGCUAUUAAUAGAUUUUUUUUUCAUGGAGUCGAUUAAGCCAUGACACAAGAUACCAAAUUAAUUGAUGAUGAAAUAUGUAGACUAUAGUGCAUUUGGAAGGUAUUCAGACCCUUUCACUUUUUCAACAUUUUGUUAUGUUACAGCCUUAUUCUAAAAGUGAUUUAAAAAA